GGAUUCUGCUCAGCAAGACGCAACCCUGCUCAUACGCCAGCAAAUCUACAGCAUCAAAGACCCUUCCUUCUUUCUGUGGAGCUUUCUGCGGGCCUGGGAGUGCGCAAUAGAAUAUGGGGAAGGGCGAUAAGACGCCCGCGCCGGCGUCGACGGCUGGCCGGGUGCCACUUCUUGCAGCAGGAACGCCGCUAUUGUAUGCACGUUACAAUAGCGUGGAUGAGCUGUUGAACUUAGGGAGCAAGGCGCUGACUCCCGGCGGCGAAGCCCAGGACGCACAACGUCCCAGCAAGAAGCAGAAGCGCUCGGCCGCCACUGCCAGCGGCGCUGACGCAACGCCCGCCGAGCCGGCCCCUGCUGCCGAGGACGGCGAGGGUGACGGCGAGGGUGAGGAGGGCUCCAAGAAGACGAGCAAGUUCAUGGAGGUGGGCGACGACGGCCUGACAUACAAGCAGAGGCGCCAGCAGCGGAGGGCGGCGGAGCGAGCGGCCAAGGAGGCGGCAGCGGCAGAGGCUGCGGCGGCAGCAGGGGCAGGUGGGGACGCGGCGCCUGCGCCCGCCGCGCCUGCGGAGCUGGCGGAGAACGCGGCCGGUGACGCGGGCAGUAAGAAGGACAAAAAGAAAGACAAGAAGAAGGAUAAGAGGGGCCGCGGAGAUGAGGAAGCGCCGGCUUCAGCCACGGGGACCGCCGCUGUUGAGGACGUCGCUGCUGCUGCGGCUGCAGCUGCGGCCCAGGGCAAUGCGGACGAGGCUGCGCGCAUGCGGGCUGUGCUGGGCUUCACGUCCGGGGCCGGCGGCGGCGGGGCAGCGCUGAGCUUUGGACUGACGCAGGUGGCGGCAGCGGCGGCGACCGGCGGGCAGUCACAGCGGCAAGAGCAGCCGGAGGAGGGGGACAAAAAGGACAAGAAGAAGGAUAAGAAGCAGGACAAGAAACGGAAGAAGGGCGAUGAAGAGGAGGUGAAGGUGGAGACAGCAGAGCAGCCGGUUUCCUUAGGGCAACCCGCAGAGGGUGCCGCUGCUGCUGUGGCCGCACCGGUGGCCGCGCCGGCUGCAGCUGCUGCUGCGGGUGGCGCUGCCAAGGUUGCACGGGGAGCGGGAGCGCAGUUCUCGUUCCAGUUCAAGGUCCAGGCCGAGGUGGAGGCGGCCACGGAGGCCAAGCUGGCGCGCAUCAUGGCCAUCGACAGCACCAAGGACGGAUUCGUGCCGCGCAGGGUGUGGGUGACCGGCAUCCCGCACGAGUGGGACCGGGCCGCUAUCCUGGAGUACUGGGGCUACUGCGGCCCGCUGGAGGAGGAGGCGCUGCACCUGCUGACCUUCAAGGACAGCGGCAACUUCAACGGCACCGCGUUCAUCACAUUCAAGACGCAGGAGGGCUAUGAGGCGGCUCUGGCCUGCAACGGCGAGAUGCUGGAGGGCCGCCCGCUGCGGGUGGAGAAGUGCAAGGCGGCUGCGGAGCUCAAGGGCAACGUCCGCGCCACCACCACCGCAGCAGCCAAUGCGCGGGCCGCGGCGGCGGCAGCAGCGCAGGCACCAGCCGAGCAGGCGGUGCAAGACGCGGAGGAGGCGCAGGAGGCGGCGGCGGCACCCGCGCCCGCGCGCGCCCGCGCGCAAACGCCAGAGGCCGUGCCGGCGCCCCGGGCAGUCGCGCCUAGGCCCACAGCCGCUGCUGCUACUGCCGGUGCUGCUGCCGGUGGUGGUGCCGCGGCUGCCGCCGGCGGCAAGGUGGCUGGCUACCCAGUGGUGUAUGUGGGCAACGUGUCGUUCGAGGUGGGGGAGCCGGAGCUGCGGAAGCUGUUCAAGGAGCGGGCGGGCGUGGAGCCCAGCGAGGUGCGGCUGCACAAGGACAAGAACGGCCGGCCCAAGGGCUUUGCCCACGUGCACUUCGCCAACGACGACGACGUUGACAAGGCGGUGGCCCUCAACGGUCUGGAGUUUGAGGACCGCAACAUCCGCAUCAGCUACGCCCAGCCCAAGCCGGGAGAAGUGGCAGCACUACAGGCGGCUGCGCCCGCGGCGGCGCCCGCACGGGCCCGCGCGCCUGCACCCGAGCCGGCGCCCGCACCGAGGGCAGCCGCACCUAAGCCGGCGGCACCGAAGCCUGAGCCUGCGGCGGCGACCAGUGCUGGCGGUAAGGCUGCUGCAGGCAAGGGCGGCGCCGCUGCUGCCGCCGGCGGCAAGGUGGCUGGCUACCCAGUGGUGUAUGUGGGCAACGUGUCGUUCGAGGUGGGGGAGCCGGAGCUGCGGAAGCUGUUCAAGGAGCGGGCGGGCGUGGAGCCCAGCGAGGUGCGGCUGCACAAGGACAAGGCGGGCCGGUCCAAGGGCUUUGCUCACGUGCAUUUCGCCAACGACAACGACGUUGACAAGGCGGUGGCCCUCAACGGUCUGGAGUUUGAGGACCGCAACAUCCGCAUCAGCUACGCACAGCCCAAGCCCGGAGAGGUGGCGUGAGGGCUGCCGGCCCUCAGUGGGGCCAGCCGGGCAGGGGGCAGACGGCAGCAGCGGCAGCAUGGUGUGGUUGACGGGUUGAGGGUUCCAUAGGCAUUGCAGGGGCAGCUCGGCCGUGGAGUCUGGUGGCCUUGGCCGCUUUGCUGCGGGGACUAUGGCGGUGUGACACCGUGUGAAGAGACGAGCGUGAGGUGUUGGGGUAGGGUGCAGAUUGCUGGCGGUAGGCUGCGGCAUUGCUGCAUUGGCCGCAAUACGUGCGUUGAGUGCCGCACCUAGGCAGGCAAGUGCGUGCACGGGGGCGACACCGCAGCGCACGCCAUGCCAUGCCAGCGCAGACAAAGGCGCAGACGCUCUGAAGCGUGAACCGUGAAGGCUGGUGAUUCCUUGUUUGAGGGCGAGUGUGGCGCCCUGAUGAACAUGUGCCUAUGACAGAGUGGACCAAGUGCGAAGUCUCGCAGAUGCUAUAUAGCAUUAUAGCCAGCCACAGCGGCACUGUAUGGCGGUGGAAGUGUUGACUCAGUACCCAGAGUAGGAAACAAUGUGCCGGACCCCAUGCCCCAAAGCCCCCCCGGGGAUGACCGACCCUGACCGACCGCCCCACGGCCAACCGUAUCGUUAAGGGGGUGAAACCCUACAUUUUACAUAUCCAAUGGGUGCCCAUUGACUCCUGUUGAAAGAGCGCUAUCACGCUGUGCAGUCCGCGGUCCUGUUCUGAGGCUUCGGUCACGUUGGGCAUGCAGGGGCAUGCUAUGAUAAUAUGAUUGCUAUCCUUUGACAUC